GCGCGGUGUUCAAAAUCUUAUUAUUGUGAAUUGUUUAUACAUAUACAAACUGGUGUGUGCUAGUGCUGUUCAGUUGACGAUACAUAAUUCAAAUCAAUAUGUUUGAAAUAAUAAGAAAUAAUAUGAGCUGGAAACAGUGGUGGAUCAUCCUGACAGUGGUAACAACAAUGAUAUCAGGAUAUCGACAAGGGCCAUCACACAUCGUGUUCAUCAUGGUCGAUGAUAUGGGUUGGAAUGACGUAUCUUUCCACGGUUCAGAUCAGAUCCUGACGCCAAACAUUGAUGCCCUAGCGUAUCACAGUGUAAUAUUACAACAAUACUACAGUGAAGCUAUCUGCACCCCAGCUCGCACUGCACUUCUCACGGGGAAAUACCCCAUGCGGUUGGGAAUGCAUGGUCAGCCUCUAUUCAACUCUGAAGAUCGAGGCAUACCUUUGACUGAGCGUCUUCUGCCAUCGUACUUGAAGGACUUGGGCUACUCCACUCACCUUGUGGGAAAGUGGCACGUCGGGAUGUCCAAGCCGGAGUACCUUCCGACCUCGCGAGGCUACGAUCAUCACUACGGCAUGCGAGGCGGUUACGUCGACUAUUACACUUACAACAAAGUCGAAACGUGGCCAAAUGGACGACUAAUGUUCGGUCUAGAUCUGUACGAUGAUGCAAUACCGCAAGAUUUCGAACAACGGUACAUUGUGGACGCACUCACCGAGAAAGCAGUUAAAAUAAUCCACCAUCACAACGCGUCGCAGCCUCUGUUCUUACACGUGACGCACAACGCGCCGCACGCGGGCAACGCCGGGGGAGCGUUGCAGCCGCCGCUGUAUUCCGCCGUCAAGCACCAGCACAUCGCCAACUCUGAUAGAAGAUUGUAUGCUGAAAUUGUGACACACGUGGAUCGUAGCGUCGGCAAAAUAGUUCAAGCUCUCUCAAAUAGAGGAAUUCUUGACGAUACUAUUAUAGUGUUCGCUUCCGACAAUGGAGCGCCGACGGUCGGCGACUUAAGAAACUGGGGCGUCAACUUACCCUUCAGGGGAAAGAAAUAUACGCCUUGGGAGGGAGGAGUGAGGGUCCCAGCGUUUAUAUGGCAAUCUGCCCUCAGGCCUAGAGUUUGGCAAGGGUUGAUGCACAUUUCUGACUGGCUGCCGACCUUAAUAACUGCCGCUGGAGGAAAAGUACCCACUGGUAUAGACGGAGUGAGUCAGUGGGAGUCCAUAGUACAAAGUUCAGCGUCUAAACGUAGUGAGGUUUUAAUAGCUGUAGAAGACAGCAGUACUAAUUCAUGGGCAGCCUACAGAGCAGGGGAUUACAAAAUUGUGGUAGGAAACGUCACAGGUGUUAGUAACGGUUAUUACGGAUCAGAACUAUUGGCGAAUAAAAAGACUCCACCCGAAUAUUAUCCUUCUUUAUUAUCCUGUUCAGUGACGAAAGCUUUUGAAGAUGUUGGACUGUAUUUAGAUUUUGAUGCUGUGAGAAGUACAAGGAAAGCGGCUACUAUUAAGCAAGAGGACACUGUAAGAGAUGCCACACCUUGUGUUCCUACACCUACUCGCGGUUGUCUUUUCAACGUACGUCGAGACCCUUCGGAGAGUCACGACCUUUGGAAUCGAGCUGGUAAAAUUGCCACGUUGCUGACCAGCCGACUCAGGGGUCUGUGGGCCACACAGCAAAGACGAGGGACUCCCCGACUCAAUGUAGCCGCCGACCCUGCCAACUACAACUACGUGUGGACUCCUUGGCUCACACAAAAUAACGUCACCAAUCAAAUCAAUGCUAAUACCAAUGAUGGAAGAAUUAAUAACUUUAACCUGUCGUUCGACUUCAGCCAACAAAAGACCGGAAACAAGAACACGACAGUCGCAGCCGUCAUCAACUGCGACGGUACGACUGGCUUGAGGAACUUUUUGUGUAUACUUAGAAGUGUGUUUUAAUUACAACUUAGAAUUAAAAUUGUUGCUUUUGUACAGGGGACUUGUUCGACAAUGUUUUGAAAGAUUUCGUUUUCCAAUACCUGGAGACACUUUUUAUGUGUCAGGAAUCUUUAAGAUGCCAUUUAAUGUUUAACGAUAUGUUUCGAGAUCGACUUCAAAGAGAUUUGCUGUAAGGUAUGAUUGUUCUUUACUGGUAAAUGCAUCGAUUUAUUUUCACUUAGUUACCUACUGUUACCAAAAUGUCAUCUAUGUAGACAAAGUCACUUCAUCAAUACCAUUAGUAUUAAGUGUCUCUCUAAGCUUACGUUAAAAUACAAUAAGUGUAAGUAUUAGUAGAGCCAGUGUUGUGUAGUGAUUAUAAUUAUGUAUUUGUAUUUUAAUGUGACGUUUUAUUGUUGAUCUGUUAUUUAUUGUAGAUGAUAAAUAGGUAGAUUGAACUAGCUCACCAACCUUCUUAGAGAAACGUAUGAGUCUAUUGGCACCUAUAGCACCUUUAGUCCGUAACGUAGGUAAAACGUCGUGGAAGGUCCGUCCAUAAUAUUUUAGGAAAAUAUUUAUUAUGAAAUUCCGACAAUAUCCAUACCUCUACCUUGCCAAAUUGCGUAUCAUUUAAGAGCUUGAUGGAUUUAAUUAUAUGACAUUCCGUACACAAGUUCCUUCUAGAAGAUCUAAGUUUCUUCUGAACCUGUAUAUCGAAUAAGACGUUAAGAAGUUAUAUUAUGGGCGGUAUGUUCUACAGACUUGAAGCUUGUGUACCUAAAAGUAACUUGGGUUUACUCCAACGGAUCGUGAUUUGAUACAAAACAUAAAACGUCCUUCUAAACGGUCAUGGUCCAAAUAAAUGCGUAUCACCAUGACUUAUUACCCUUUCGAUAUUAAAAAAAAGAUCAUUCGUUUUUUGUCAGUCAACACGUGCCCCCGUUUUUGUAAUGAAAAUUCGUUUUACCGAUUUUGAUUAAAUCACGAUCCGAUUAAUCAAUGUGAAAUACGAGUAACUACGAUCGAUUUCACUAAGCGUACCUAAUGAAGUAGUUUGUUUGUGAAAAUCCGGUAAAUGUACUGUAUUAGAAGUAAAUAUAGGUACCUAUGUUGUUUUUAAACUUAUAAAGUAAUUGUUUGUGAUAUUUAGCAUUAAGGGCCCAUUAAAUAGUUAAUUCAUUAAACUUUAAAAACUAUGGUUUAAGCAAUGGUUUGUAAUAUGUAAA